AUGAGCCACGACCAAUUCAUCCUGGAGAUGAACCCCUCGCCUCUUGAAGAGCAGGACGCGGACCUUCCUGUCGAGGCAUCAAGCGAAACUCUCCAGACUGCACUCAUGGAUUAUCAAGAGCUUGCUCUCAACUUCUGUCAGUGUGCUAAGGACGUCAAUACCGCCUUGGGUGGCGGCAAUCCAGCCCGCAUCGCAAUCAGACAGUUCGAGGAAAACACAAACAUCGACCUCAAGAUAAUCGACCUAGCCAAGCACGAUAAUCUCGACCAGUACAUUCAGUGGAUGGCCCUUGACAAGGCAUACCGGGAGGAGAAUGCCAACGAGAACAAACACGUGCGCGCUCUGAUCAGCGUAGUGGAUGAGAUGAUCAGAGCCGAGAAGCGUAUCAGAGAAGUCUUUCCUGAUGAGCUGCUGCAGAAGGCUGGAUCUGAGAUGGUCGAGGAGUUUGAGCAGAACACGAAGGAGGUGGCCGAAUGCAAGGCUAACUUCAUGAAGGCCUGCAACGAUAUCAUCUAUCGCAAGCUAUGAACAGCAGAGUUUCAUGCCUGUCCCUCCGCGACGGAUUCCGAGAUUGAGGCGACCGAUGCAAUGAAGGAGUGAACGUCAUUGUUGACUAGGUCCAGUUGAGAUUCGUGGGUGGUAGAGCUCUCACUGGUGAAGGAGCUCAAGCGCUGUCGCCUUGCGUACUUCGAGGGACCGUACACGAAUACCGUAGCUGCUCUCAAUCACAUCUUUCUUUCACUUUUUGGCUUCCGUCCUCAUAACUAUUUUGGUGGCGUUUCAUUUUCGCAGUAUCACUCUUCUCUUCUU